CUUGCUAAUAAAACCAAUACAAUGGGUAAAAAAGCUAUUGAUGCUAGGAUCCCUGCGCUUAUCCGUAAUGGGGUUCAAGAAAAAGAGCGAAGCUUUUUCAUCAUUGUGGGUGAUAAAGCUCGUAACCAACUCCCAAAUUUGCACUAUUUAAUGAUGUCUGCAGACCUUAAAAUGAACAAAUCUGUUCUAUGGGCUUAUAAAAAUAAGUUACUAGGAUUUACCUCACAUAGAAAGAAGAGGGAAGCUAAAAUCAAAAAAGAUAUCAAAAGAGGUAUCAGAGAGGCGAAUGAGCAAGAUCCUUUCGAAUCAUUCAUUUCAAACCAAAAUAUUAGAUAUGUUUAUUAUAAAGAAACAGAAAAGAUCUUAGGUAAUACCUAUGGUAUGUGCAUAUUACAAGAUUUUGAAGCCCUUACUCCAAAUUUGUUAGCGAGAACUAUAGAAACAGUUGAAGGUGGUGGUAUUGUUGUGCUUUUGUUGAAAUCGUUAACAUCCUUGAAACAGUUGUACACUAUGACAAUGGAUAUUCAUAAACGUUACAGAAAUGACAAUCAUGGUGAUGUUAUUGCUCGCUUUAACGAGAGAUUUAUUUUGUCGCUAGGGUCAUGUGAGAAUUGCUUGGUUGUUGAUGAUGAAUUAAACGUUUUGCCUUUAUCUGGUGGAAAACAUGUCAAAGCUCUUCCACCAAAAGAUGAAGAUGAGCUAAGCCCUAAAGCACAAGAAUUAAAGGCCCUAAAAUCUUCUUUAGAAGACGUUCAACCUGCUGGUGCGUUGGUAUCGUUGGCUAAGACUGUUAACCAAGCCCAGGCUAUUUUGACUUUCGUUGAUGCUAUUUCAGAAAAAACAUUAAGAUCCACUGUUGCAUUGACCGCAGGAAGAGGAAGAGGUAAAUCAGCUGCAUUAGGUAUUUCGAUUUCAGCUGCUGUAUCUCAUGGAUAUUCGAAUAUCUUCGUCACUUCUCCAUCACCAGAAAAUUUGAAAACACUAUUUGAGUUCAUCUUUAAAGGUUUUGAUGCCUUAGGAUAUCAAGAGCAUCUAGAUUAUGAUAUCAUUCAGUCCACAAAUCCAGCGUUCAACAAAGCCAUUGUCAGAGUUGAUAUAAAGAGAGACCAUAGACAAACAAUUCAGUACAUUUCCCCAUCUGACUCACAUGUUUUGGGUCAAGCUGAAUUGGUUAUUAUUGAUGAAGCAGCAGCAAUUCCUUUACCUGUUGUCAAAAAACUUCUUGGUCCUUACCUGGUCUUUAUGGCGUCUACUAUUAAUGGUUAUGAAGGUACAGGUAGAUCGUUAUCCUUAAAGUUAAUCCAACAGUUACGUGAACAAUCUGUUACAAGUGGCAGAAACGAUGAUACAGAGGUUGUUUCAAGAGAUAGUAAAAACAGCAAUGAAUCUGAAGUUCUAGGCCGUACAUUACGUGAAGUUACACUAGAUGAACCAAUUAGAUAUGCACCAGGUGAUCCAGUGGAAAAAUGGUUGAAUAAAUUAUUAUGCCUCGAUGCUUCAUUAUCAAAGAACUUGAAAUUUGCUUCCAGGGGAACGCCUCAUCCAUCACAAUGUAACUUAUUUAUUGUGAACAGAGAUACAUUAUUCUCGUAUCAUCCUGUCUCCGAAAAUUUUUUACAAAAAAUGAUGGCUCUUUAUGUUGCUUCACAUUACAAGAAUUCACCAAAUGAUUUACAAUUAAUGAGUGAUGCUCCAGCUCAUCAACUUUUUGUUUUGUUGCCACCAAUUGAUGAAAGCAGUGGUAGAAUUCCAGAUCCUUUAUGUGUUGUUCAGGUUGCAUUAGAAGGUGAGAUCUCUAAGGAUAUGGUUCGCCGAGAAUUAGGUCGUGGUAAAAGAUCGGAUGGUGAUUUAAUUCCAUGGUUAAUGUCGCAACAAUUUCAAGAUGAAGAUUUUGCUGGACUUAGUGGUGCUCGUGUUGUGAGAAUUGCAACCAAUCCUGAUUAUUCCAGUAUGGGGUAUGGAUCAAGAGCUUUAGAACUUUUAAGAGAUUAUUACGAGGGUAAAUUUACAAAUAUUUCCGAAUCGUCUCAAGAAAAAGAUUACACCAUCAAAAGAGUUAGUGACAAGGAAUUAGAAAAUACUGAUCUAAAGAAAGAUGAUGUCAAGUUGAGAGACGCAAAAACACUACCUCCUUUAUUAUUGAAACUUUCAGAAAAAUCACCUCAUUAUCUAGACUAUCUAGGUGUGUCAUAUGGGUUGACAUCCAAGCUUCAUAAGUUUUGGAAGAAUAAUAAAUUUACCCCAGUCUAUUUACGUCAAACAGCCAAUGAGUUAACCGGUGAACACUCUUGUAUCAUGCUCAGUCCUUUGGAAAAUAGGGAAAGCAAAUGGUUAUUUGAAUUUGCUAAAGAUUUCCACAAGAGAUUUUUAUGGUUGAUGUCAUAUGAUUUCAAGAAAUUUACUGCUGUUCAAGCUUUGAACGUUAUAGAAAGUGCCAAGGUUAACGAUUCUCAAGAAGUGGAGCAAUUAACUAGAAGUGAACUUGAUAAGUUAUUCACUCCAUUUGAUUUAAAAAGAUUAGAGUCUUAUUCCAAUAAUCUUUUAGACUUUCAUGUGAUUGUUGAUUUACUCCCAGUGAUUGCAGGAUUAUUUUUCAGUGGUAGAAUCAAUGAAGUUAAACUUUCAAGUGUUCAAAGUGCAAUCUUUUUAGCAAUUGGUCUUCAACAUAAGAGUAUGGAUGAUAUUUCAAAAGAGCUAAACUUACCAGAUAAUCAAACAAUUGCCAUGUUUUCCAAAAUCAUUAGAAAAGUUUCCACCUAUUUCAGAGGCUUAGUGAGUAGAUCAAUUGAAGAUACCAUGCCAGAACUAAAGGAUGAAACUGUUGCUGAAAUGGAUGGUGAAGAACCAAUCACUAGAUUUGAAGAAAUUGAAGACACCAUGGAGGAGGAACUAACCGCUGAUGGUAAAGAAGCAGUCAAGGCUUUACGUGAAAAACAAAGAGAAUUGAUCAACUCCUUGAACCUUGAUAAAUACAAUAUUGAUGAUACUAAUGUUGAGCUAAAUGAGAAAGAUCUUUCCAAAGCUGCUGUUUCAGGUAAAGUUGUUGCAUUAAAAGGCAAGGCACCAAAAAGAAAACAAGAGAGUGCAGAAGAUGUCUACAAACAAGAAAUGGGUUCUUUGAAAAAGGCCAAAAAGGGUAAAUCCAAGAAAUAGAUAGAUUUAUAUCCAAUGUAUAAUAAUAACAAUUUCUAUACUGAGUG